CCAGUCCUCAUAAACUCAGGGUCGCGAUACGAGGCGAAACACGCUGGCGGCAUCUCGCACUUCCUGGAGAAGUUGGCCUUUUCUUCUACCGCUCAGUUCAGCAGCAAGGAUGAGAUCCUUCUCACGUUGGAGAAGCACGGCGGCAUUUGCGAUUGCCAGGUGUCAAGGGAUACCACGAUGUAUGCUGUUUCCGCAGAUAACAGGGGCCUGGACACCAUGGUCAGUCUGUUGGCUGAUGUGGUUCUCCAGCCCAGAUUGUCAGAUGAGGAAAUUGAGAUGACUCGUAUGGCAGUUCGCUUUGAGCUGGAGGACCUGAACAUGAGGCCCGAUCCAGAGCCAUUGCUGACCGAGAUGAUUCAUGCAGCAGCUUACAGGGGAAACACAGUGGGACUGAACAGGUUCUGUCCGGCGGAGAACAUUGAGAAAAUUAACAGGAAGGUCCUCCAUUCGUACCUGAGGAAUUACUACACGCCCAGCAGGAUGGUCUUGGCUGGCGUGGGGAUUGAACACGAGCAGCUUGUGGAAUGUGCUCGCAAGUACUUCCUGGGAAGCAAGCCGGCAUGGGGAAGCGAGAAAGCCAGCGACGUGGACAAGUCAGUCGCCCAGUACACUGGGGGGAUCCUCAAGCUUGAAAAGGACAUGUCAGACGUGAGUUUGGGGCCCACCCCCAUCCCAGAGUUGGCCCACAUCAUGAUUGGGCUGGAAAGCUGCUCGUUUCUGGAGGAAGACUUCAUUCCCUUUGCUGUCUUAAACAUGAUGAUGGGGGGCGGUGGCUCUUUCUCUGCCGGGGGCCCCGGCAAAGGCAUGUUCACGCGGCUGUAUCUCAACGUCCUCAACCGGCACCACUGGAUGUGCAAUGCGACCUCCUACCACCACAGCUACGAGGACACUGGCCUCCUGUGCAUUCAUGCCAGUGCAGAUCCCAGACAGGUCCGUGAAAUGGUGGAAAUCAUUACCCGGGAAUUCGUUUUAAUGGCUGGAACCUUGGGAGAGGUUGAGCUGGAGCGGGCAAAGACCCAGUUGCGGUCCAUGCUGAUGAUGAACCUCGAGUCUCGGCCGGUUAUUUUUGAGGAUGUGGGGAGACAGGUGUUGGCAACCGGGGGGAGGAAGCUGCCCCAAGAGCUCUGUGUCCUGAUCAGUAAGUAAACGCCUCGACUUCCCGACUUGCAGCUCGCUGGAGCCCC